AUGCCAAACACUCCGGAAGCAAAUCUAAUCAAUUGGACGAAGAGAAAAGGAUCUGCUUGUAGAACAGCCGUUGCUUUGGGCGUGAAUCCCAGCCACUUGAAGGCGUUAGGGCCUGAAAACGCUUGUCCCAUUUUUACUUGUUGUGCUGUGUGGAUACUUGGGAGCGGUGACGGUGAAGAAUUCAAUCCGAUCAACAGAGGGCGAGUAGUAGCACGAUUCUUAACAAUGCAGAAACAACGUAUGAAAUACAGAAAGAAAGAAAGGAAGAAAGAAGAGAACGUCGGAGGUAAUAGUGACCAAUGGAAUAUCAAGGAUGGUAUUUCCAUAAUGAAACAAACACCCGUUAUGAUUUAUAAUGUUGAGGUUUAUAAUACUUGA